CAAUGGUCACCCGGGAUCGAGCAGAGAAUAGGGACGGGCCCAAGAUGCUCAAGCCGCUUGUGGAGAAGCGGCGCCGGGACCGCAUCAACCGCAGCCUGGAAGAGCUGAGGCUGCUACUGCUGGAGCGGACCCGGGACCAGAACCUCCGGAACCCGAAGYUGGAGAAAGCGGAAAUACUGGAGUUCGCCGUGGGCUACUUGAGGGAGCGAAGCCGGGUGGAGUCCCCGGGGAUUCCCCGAUCCCCAGCCCAGGACGCCGAGGCGCUCGCCAGCUGCUACUUGUCCGGUUUCCGCGAGUGCCUGCUCCGCUUGGCGGCCUUCGCGCACGAUGCCAGCCCGGCCGCCCGAGCCCAGCUCUUCUCCGCGCUGCACGGCUACCUGCGUCCCAAACCGCCCCGGCCCGAGACGGUAGAUCCCAGGCCUCCAGCGCCGCGCCCACCGCAGGACCCCGCCGCACCAGCCCUUGGCCCCGCGCUACACCAGCGCCCCCCAGUGCACCAGGGCCCCCCUAGCCCGCGCUGCGCCUGGUCCCCAUCCCUCUGCUCCCCCCGCGCCUGGGAUUCCGGCGCGCCGGCGCCCCUCACCGGACUUCUGCCGCCGCCACCACCGCCUUACAAACAAGACGGGGCGCCCAAAGCCCCGCCACUCCCGCCGCCCGCAUUCUGGAGACCUUGGCCCUGAGCUUUUGGGGGUGGGGUGGGGGCGGGGGCUGGGGGAGGGGUAGAGACUCCAGCCGGAGGGCAGCAGAGGGACCCGGGCAUCCGGGAGAGGUGUUGGGGAGGGCGGCGGGGCGCGCGGGCUCAGCGCGCGGGUGAAAUGUGGUCUAUAUUAGAGUAUCUAUAUAAAUAUAUAUUUCCCUGGUUCCUGUCCCUUUCCCUGCCCCCAACCCCGCGUCUAGGAUUGUACSUUUCUAACCCCAGCCCAGCCYCAGCCCCUUCCCGAGUCCCUAGUGCAUGGAAUAAAAUGGUUAUUAAAUCCCGGUGUGUCCCGGAGCCGGGGGCCUGCCUUUAUCUCGGCGUCCACGCCCACUUUCCCUUCCCUUCUGUUUCCCACCCCCAGUCCUACUCUCCAAGGCCCAAGCUCCGGGGUAGACAGGUAAGUAAAGAAGAGAGCAGAGCGGAUACUGAGGUUGGAGCUGAGACCMAGACGAAAAUGCAGAUAGGGCAGGGGGAAAAGGUCGGACAGAGAAAAGAACAAACCUGAAAUAAAACCGACUCUGGUGGGAUUCGAACCCACAACCUUUGAAUCGCUCUUUCGUCACUAGAAGUCCAAUGCGCUAUCCAUUGCGCCACAGAGCCACUUGGCGGGCGGUGGCGUCUCGUAGCUUACGGGUAGUAGCAUGGGGGAAGGGGCAGAAUGACAGUGUUGUUGAUAGGAAAUUGGGCGGGGCGUGUUAGGAGCCUAUGGUUAGGAUCUCCGAGGCCAGCCAGGGAAAAGUAUGUUGCUCAAGMACGUGCGCCAGUGGGAGUGAGGGCGCACAAGUGUUCCAGAAACAGGGAGGGAAAGCAAACAAACAGGAGCGAGCAAACAAGUGCAGAGCUUCGGCUGCCGGCUUGGAAAGUGCUUCCAGCUCAGGUGCASUCCAGUCCCACGUAGCCCCACUAAAUAAACGUGUUUUGCUAUAAAUU